UCUGCGCCGUCCUGGGCCCCGACCUGCGGCAGCUCCGCAACCUCCCCGACGCCCUCCCAGAGUGCCCCAAGCGCUCCCACGACAUCGUGUUCCUCGUGGACGGCUCGGGCAGCAUCGGCGCCCGCGACUUCAACACCAUGAAGGGCUUCAUCGCCGAGGUCAUGCGGCGCUUCCAGGGCACCGACACGCAGUUCGCCCUCGUCCAGUUCUCCUCCUACGAGGUGGAACACUUUGACUUCAACGACUUCCGGCGCCGGCGCCACCCCGACCCCGCCUGGCUGCUGGCGGGGGUGACGCAGAGCGGGGGCCUCACCUUCACGGCCUCGGCCAUCAAACGCGUCCUGGAGAGGCUGUUCCGGGCGGAGCGAGGGGCGCGGGGCGGGGCCUCCAAGGUGCUCAUCGUGGUCACGGACGGCAAGAAGUACGGGGACAAGCUGGAGUACCGGGACGUCAUCCCGCUGGCCGACAGCAUGGCCGUCACCCGCUACGCCAUCGGGGUGAGGGGCCGGACACACGUCUCCACCCCCG